AUGUCUAUCACCGAAAUUGCGCGUUCGUCUGUACCGUGUCGCGUAGCGUCCACCGACGAAAUAGUGGUCUCGCAAGUCUGGUUCAAGACCGACCCCGUCGAUCGCACCUUCAUCUACCGCGCCGUUCAGCUCCAGCUCCAGACGGACUCGUGUGAUCAUGGGCAUUCAGACGACAUGAUCUCUGGAUGUUGGAGCUGGUUCGAACUUUCAAUCUUCAAGAACCAGCACGCUCUUGAACCGCGCACGAAGGACAACUCUCCGUUGACGUGGAGGAGCCAUGGCAAUCGCACAGAUCCCAACGACAAGCAGGACUCGAUAGCGAGGCAUUUUGGAAUGGUAUUCGAUCGUCGUCAAGAGUUGUUGGAUGCCCUCGAAGUUGGCAAUGUGAUUGGCGUCCGUGUCUGUGCAAGGUAUCCCGGUUGGGUCAACGAUGCUCGCUCAGGCAGGCUGGUCGCCAAAAUCCUUGACGAAGAUAUAUUCACGCCGAUGUCGUGGACCCUGAGCAAUUACAAAGAAACGCCGGACGAUAUCCCUAUCAAUAUCGAGGACGGCGUCUACUCUCUGAUCCCCACCUCCAGCUGUCAUGUCAAGUCGACGACGGAUGAACAGGUCGACAUGGUCUGGUUCUCGACCCCAGUUCUAGACGCAGAGGUCGUCCCGAAGAUCGAGGACAUCCAGCUCUUCACGCAUGCGCAUCAUGAAGGCACUCUGCCCAACGACUCGACAGGCAUCUGGUGCUGGUUCGAUCUCGUCAUCCUCGAGAAUCCGGACUCAACGGAGCCACGGGUGAAAGACGGUCGGGCUCUCGUUUGGAGGAGCCAUGAUAUCCCGAAGAAUGCGACAGAGACGGACGAACAGACUGGAAGGCUCUUUGGUCGUGACCAUGAGAUCCUCGGACUUAUUCAGCCAGGAAAUGUCAUCGCCGUCCGUGCUUGUGCUCGCUUCCCGGGUUGGGAACUCGAUGCGCAUGCUGCCCGCCUUGUCGUCCGAAUUUCAAACACAGGGCCACGUAGAGCGCUGGCCAAGCCAGCCGUGGAUUGGCAGAAAGUCACCAACUAUAACUAUGCUCUGCAAGAGAAGCUUGCGGAGUACCUCAACGAUGUCACCCCUCCGGGCGUUGCGGCUGCACUCUCUGUCGAAGCAACCCUACUUUCUCAAGAGCUUCGUGCUGACCGAGCCUAUGGUGUUGGUGGGCGGCCGUUGCGCCUUCUUUCUCUUGAUGGCGGAGGGGUUCGAGGAAUUUCGUCCCUUCAUGUGCUCAAAGCAAUCAUGACCAAGCUUACUGGGGACCCCAACGCGAAACCACAUGAAUACUUUGACAUGAUGGCGGGAACCAGUACUGGAGGCCUCAUCGCCAUCAUGUUGGGAAGGUUGAAGAUGUCCGUCGACGAAUGCAUCGAGGCCUACGGGAAAUUGGCCUCCAAGAUCUUCAAUGCAGGGAUCAUGAGCCAGGCCGGUAGCGCCUCUGUCUCUGGGGCGAGAUACUCUGCAACGGUCCUCGAAGAGGCUAUCAAGGAGGUGGUCAAGAUGUACGCUCAUGAUCCGGAUGCGCCGAUGCGGGACUCUGAGGAUGGUUGCAAAGUGUACGCCUUAACUUCCACCUCUUUCAUAGCACCCUUGACGAACUUUGGACUCAUUAGAUUCGUCCUUGCCACGCGUGCGGACGACUUGAGCAAUCGAGUUGCAACCCAUCUUCGGACAUACACCAACAAGAACGUCGAGAAAUCAUUCGCGGACUAUCUCAUUUGGCAAGCAGCGAGAGCUACGUCUGCGGCACCCACCUACUUCCCACGUAUGAGGUUGGAUGAGUAUGAAUAUGUUGAUGGAGGUUUGGGCUUCAACAACCCAGUCCUGUUGUUAAUGGGCGAGGCACGCCUGCAUUUCGGUUUUGCUCGUCCAUUUGGUUGCCUCGUCACGAUUGGCACAGGCAUGGAGCCUAACGUCUCCUUACCACCGGAGGGCACGAACAUCCUCAACAAUUUUACUGGCACUGCAGGUAUCCUCAAGAGCAUGUGGGAGUUGACCACCAAGACCGAGCACGCCAACCAGAUGGCGCAACCGCUCUGCGAGAAAGGCACGUACUACCGAUUCAACGUUGGCGAGAAGAUCGCAGAGAAGCGCUGGGUCGAGAGGGUCGAACCGACGUAUUGGCAGAGGUGGUUUGGUGGUGAGACCGCAAAGGACGUGGAGAAGUUCACUCCGGAGAACUGGGCGAAGGUCACGAUUGACAUGGCGGAUUAUGCCCGUAUGGACGAUUUCGUGAGGCUUACGCAGAGGUAUGUGGAGACUGACGAUGUGAAGGAGAAGGUCAAGGUGUGCGCAGCCAAGUUGCCGCCUAAACGCACAGCUAUUCGGGCGUGA